AUGCUACAGCUAAGAGGACUAGUCCUUCAGGCACUGAGAAAUGCCUGGGGUAUCUGUGGGUCUCACAGGCAGCUGCCAUCUCUACCUGUCCCUCAAAAGAGUGUGGCCACCUGGGACGCCAUCAGCCUGGGAAGACAGCCAGUGGCUGAGUACUUCAACUUUGCCCAUGACGUGCUGGACAUGCGUAGUUAGCUGGAGAAGACUGGGCACCAGUCCCCAAUACCUGCCUUCUGGCGGGUUGAUGGCAUGGGGGCAGAAGUCAAGGGGAGCUUUGAGGAGCUGGGGGAGCAGUCCAGGAAGGCGGCUAACGUGCUGGGGGGGGUGUGCGGCCUGCAGCCUGGACACAGAAUGAUGCUGGUGCUCCCGCGGCUCCUGGGGCGGUGGCUGGUCUACGUGGCUUGUAGGUGGACAGGGGCCAUUGUGAUUCCCGGCAUCUCUCCGCUGACAGAGAAGGACCUCAGAUUCUGGCUGCAGGCAUCCAGGGCCAAGUUCAUUAUCACCAGUGACUCCCUGGCUCCAUUGGUGGAUGUUGUUAGCACUGGCUGCCCCUCCCUCCAGACCAAGUUGCUCGUGUCAUGGCACAGCUGUUGGCCAAGCUGGAUGAACUUCAGGGAACUCCUCUGGGAGGAGUCCACAGAGCACAAGUGCGCGAGGACCAGGAGUCAAGUGACCAUGUACCCGACAAGCGGCAUGACGGGGGCCCCCAAGAUGGUUGAGCGCGCCCAGGCGAGCUAUGGGUUUUGUGGCCAGAGGAGGGGACCAGGGGACAUCUCAUCUGGUGGGAGGUGGGUGGCCUUGACCACAUCAGACAUCUUCUGGAAUACAGCCGACACUGGCUGGGUGCAGGCAGCCUGUACCCUCUCUGAUGCCUGGCCUGAUGGAUCUUGCAUUUUUGUGCAUGAGCUACCCUAGGCUGAUGCCAAAUUUAUCCUGAAUACUCUGUCCAGGUUCCUGAUCACCACCCUCUGCUGUGUUCCCACAAUCUUCUGGCCGCUUGUGCAGGAGGAUCUGAGAAAGGUAACAGUUUCAGAGCUGGAGACCUGUGUAACCAGAGGAGAGGCCCUGUAUCCCUGCAUGAGGGAGAAGUGGAAGAGCCAGACAGGCCUGAAGCUGCAUGAAGGCCACUGCCAGUCUGAAACUGCUGUAAUCUGUGACAAUCCAAAAGGCACAAAAAUCAAGCCAGGAUCCAUGCAGAAAUUGUCCCUACCUUAUGACGCGUAGAUAUUAGGUGAUGAGAGCAACAUCAUAUCUCCUGGAGAAGAAGGGAGUGUUCCUGUCCAUGUUAGACCCACCAGGCACUUCUGUUUCUUCAAUUGCUAUUUGCUAAAUGGUCCUUCAAAGACAGCAGCAUCAGAAUGAGGGGAAUUUUACAUCACGGGGGACUGAGCCCACAUGGUCAAGGAUGGCUACUUUUGGUUCAUGGGAAGAAAUGAUGACGUGAUCAGUUCCUCAAGCUACCAGAUCAGGCCUGUCAAAGUCGAGAGUGCCCUUGCUGAGCACCCAGCGGUCCUGGAGUCUGCUGUCGUCAGCAUCUCGAACCCCUUAAGAGGGGAGGUGGUAAAGGCAUUUAUAGUCCUUUCUCGAGCCUACUCCUUGCAUGAUCCAGAGAAACUAAUCCAGGAACUCCAGGAGCAUGUGAAAAGGGUGACUGCUCCGUACAAGUACCCCAGGAAGGUGGCCUUUCUUUCAGCUGCCAAAGACAGCUUCUGGAAAGAGCCAAAGGAGUAA